AUGUUCUUGAUUGCCACAUAUGGUGCGCCCAUUUUUUUCAAGAGUACCAGCAAUGUGUUCAGCAUAAAGCCACCAGCGACGUGGUCGAACGAACUCUUCUCUGCCCGCCUGGGUCCGACUGAACUAACUCUGCCCGCCAAGGUCGAACGAACUAACUCUGCCCGCCAGGGUCGAACGAACUUUUCUCUGCCCGCCUGGGUCCGACUGAACUCGGCACUCAGGGCCAAACGAACUGAUUUCUUCUUUCUCUUUUCUCGAAAAGACGGCUUCGAGUCAUUUUUUCUUUCUUUCUUUUACGAUCUUGUCGAUAUCAGACAAUUACUGACUAGGACAAGAAUUUCUCUCUCUCUCUCUCUCUCUCUCUCAUCUCUUAAUAUCAUUUCUUUUUCAUCUAUUCUUUUUUUCUUUCUUUCGUCCUUCCUUUUUUCUUUCUUUCCCUUUUUGUUUUUUAUUUCUUUUUCUGUCUUUUCCUUUUGUUUCAUUGUCCCUUUCUUUCACCCUGUUUUUCUUUCUGUCUAUCUUUCUUUUGUCUUAACUAAGCGUUCUUUUUCAAAGAAUCGUUUUCCAACUUUCUUUCUUUCUUUAUUUCAAACUUUCUUUCUUUCUUUUGAACUUUCUUUCUUUCUUUAUCCUUUGGAUUUAAUUAAUGUUUCCAUUCCUUCUUUCUUUCUUUCUUUCUUUCUUUCUUUCUUUCAAUCGAUCUGUUUCUUUUUCUGUCUGUCUGUAUUUUUCUAUAAUUCUUACCGCCUAUCGUUCUUUCUUUCUUUCUCUCUUUCUUUCUUUCUUUCUUUCUUUCUUUCUUUCUCUCUUUCUUUCUUUCUUUCUUUCUUUCUUUUAAUUUUCCGCCUUUUCUUCCUAUGA